AUGGAAGCCAUCCAGAUCUCCGAGGCUCCACCCACCAACCAGGCCAUGGCAGCUGCCAGUGGGCAGAAUGCUAGUCCCCAGAGUUCACAGCCCCCAACUGCCAAUGAGGUGGCUGAUACUGAGGUUUCAACAGCUGCUGCUAGGCCUAAGACAGGCUUUAAAGCUCAGAAUACCAAGGGUCCAAAUGAUUUCUCUCAGGCACGUAAUGCCAAGGAAAUGCCCAAGAACCAGUCUAAGGCAGCCUUUAAGUCACAGAAUGGCACCGCUAAAGGCCCAAAUGCUGCCUCUGAGUUUUCCCAGGCAGCAAGCGCAGGCAAAUCAGCAGCUAAAAAGUCUGAAAUGGCCUUUAAGGCCCAGAAUACUAAGGCAGGCCCCAGUGCCACAUACAAUUUCUCUCAGUCUCCCAGUGCCAAUGAGAUGGCCAACAACCAGCCUAAGACAGCUACUAAGGCUUGGAAUGAUACCACUAAGGUCUCUGCAGCUGAUGCCCAGAUCCGGAAUGUAAACCAGGCCAAGAUGGCUGACUUAGGGACCAGCCCAGGUAUCUCUGAAACUGAUGGCGCAGCUGCACAGACCUCAGCAGAUGGCUCCCAGGCUCAGAAUGUGGAGUCCCGGACUAUAAUUCAGGGCAAGAAGACCGGCAAGAUUAACAACUUGAAUGUGGAGGAGAACAGCAGUGUGGAUCAAAGACGGGCCUCACUGGCUUCAGGGAACUGGAGGUCUGCUCCAGUUCCAGUGACCACUCAGAACCCACCUGGCACACCCCAGAAUAACCAGGGUGCACCACAGCCCCGAGAUGUGGCCCUUCUUCAGGAAAGAGCAAAUAAGUUGGUCAAGUACCUGAUGCUUAAAGACUACACGAAGGUGCUCAUCAAGCGCUCAGAAAUACUGAGGGAUAUCAUCCGAGAAUACACUGAUGUUUAUCCAGAAAUCAUCGAACGCGCCUGCUUUGUCCUGGAGAAGAAGUUUGGAAUUCAGCUGAAGGAAAUUGACAAAGAAGAGCACCUGUAUAUUCCCAUCAGUACUCCUGAGUCCCUGGCUGGCAUACUGGGAACGUCCAAAGAUACACCCAAGCUUGGUCUCCUCUUGGUGAUUCUGGGCAUUAUCUUCAUGAAUGGCAACCGUGCAAGUGAGGCUGUCCUUUGGGAUGCACUGCGCAAGAUGGGACUGCGUCCUGGGGUCAGACACCCCCUCCUUGGUGAUCCAAGAAAACUUCUUACUUACGAGUUCGUGAAGCAAAAAUACCUGGACUACAGACAAGUGCCCAACCUCAACCCUCCUGAGUAUGAGUUCCUCUGGGGCCUCCGUUCCUACCAUGAGACUAGCAAGAUGAAAGUGCUGAGAUUCAUUGCAGAGGUUCAGAAGAGAGACCCUCGUGACUGGACCGCACAGUUCAUGGAAGCUGCAGAUGAAGCAUUGGAUGCUCUGGAUGCUGCUGCUGCUGAGGCAGAGGCCUGCGCUGAAGCAUGA